AUGAACGCACCCGAUUGCGAUGACAAUGAAGCCAACAGACUCAUGCCAAACAAAGGAGACCAUGGACUAGGAAAUGAGAAGUUCAAGCCUGUGGUACCUUGGCCUCAUGUGGAAGGUGUGGAAGUGGACUUGGAAUCCAUUCGGAGGAAAAACAAGGCCAAAAAUGAACUCAACCAUCCUCAUGGUGGCGGUGAGAACAAACAGCAAAACAUCAUCCAGAGACAGUAUCUCACGUUCAAGCCUCAGACAUUUGUGUACCGAGAUCCUGUUCUACGACCUGGAGUCCUUGGUAACUUUGAACCCAAAGAGCCUGAGCCUCCCGGAGUUGUUGGUGGCCCUGGAGAGGAAGCGAAGCCAUUUGUUUUGGGACCAGAUUACAAGGAAUCCAUUCAAGCCAGCAUUAAAGAGUUUGGGUUUAACAUGGUGGCCAGUGACAUGAUCUCACUGGACCGGAGCGUUAACGACUUGCGUCAAGAAGAGUGCAAAUACUGGCAUUAUGAUGAAAACCUGCUCACCUCCAGCGUUGUCAUUGUCUUCCAUAAUGAAGGAUGGUCCACGCUCAUGAGGACGGUCCACAGCGUCAUUAAGAGAACACCAAGGAAAUACUUGGCAGAAAUCGUGCUAAUCGAUGAUUUUAGCAACAAAGCACACUUGAAAGAGCGGCUGGAUGAGUACAUUAAGCAGUGGAAUGGCCUCGUCAAGGUGUUUCGGAACGAGAGGAGGGAAGGCUUAAUCCAGGCCAGGAGCAUCGGGGCCCAGAAGGCAAAACUGGGACAGGUUUUGGUUUACCUCGAUGCCCAUUGUGAGGUGGGAAUUAAUUGGUAUGCGCCACUUAUAGCUCCUAUCUCUAAGGACAGAACUACAUGUACUGUACCUCUAAUAGAUUACAUAGAUGGGAAUGAUUAUUCCAUUGAGCCACAACAAGGUGGGGACGAAGAUGGCUUUGCCAGAGGGGCCUGGGACUGGAGUUUGCUGUGGAAACGCGUUCCCUUAAGCCACAAGGAAAAGUCCAAACGAAAGCAUAAAACUGAGCCUUAUCGGUCCCCCGCCAUGGCUGGUGGGCUCUUCGCCAUCGAGCGCGACUUCUUCUUCGAGCUGGGGCUCUACGACCCGGGGCUUCAGAUCUGGGGGGGAGAAAACUUCGAAAUCUCUUACAAGAUCUGGCAGUGUGGGGGGAAGCUGCUCUUCGUCCCCUGCUCCCGCGUGGGACACAUCUACCGGCUGCAGGGCUGGCAGGGCAACCCGCCCCCCGUCUACGUGGGCUCCUCGCCCACCCUCAAGAACUACGUGCGGGUGGUGGAGGUGUGGUGGGAUGAGUACCGGGACUACUUCUACGCCAGCCGGCCCGAGACCAAGGCGCUGCCCUACGGAGACGUCUCCGAGCUGAAGAAGUUCCGCGAGGACCACAACUGCAAGAGCUUCAAGUGGUUCAUGGAGGAAAUAGCCUACGAUAUCACCUCCUACUAUCCCCUGCCGCCCAAAAACGUGGACUGGGGAGAGAUCCGGGGCUUGGAGACGGUGUACUGCAUCGACAGCAUGGGCCACACCAACGGCGGCUUCGUGGAGCUGGGGCCCUGCCACCGCAUGGGGGGCAACCAGCUCUUCCGAAUUAACGAAGCCAAUCAGCUCAUGCAGUACGAUCAGUGCUUAACGAAGGGGCCGGAUGGGUCCAAGGUGCAGAUAACACACUGUAACCAGAACGAGCACAGGGACUGGCAGUACUUCAAGAACCUGCACCGAUUCACCCACAUCCCGUCCGGGAAGUGCCUGGACCGCUCCGAGGUGCUCCACCAAGUCUUCAUUUCCGACUGCGACUCCGGGAAAGCCUCGCAGAAGUGGGAAAUGAACAACAUCCUGAGCGUGUAGCUCUGGGGAGGCUGGGAAGGGGGGAAUGGGACACACACCUUCCCACUGACCCCCCCCAAUACCGUGACCGGACUGGAAAGCGCCUGGAAAACUGCUGCAAUCAUGGACUCCGUACGGCCGCCGGCUGGCAUGAAGGACGUGGAGGAACUGUGAUGAUUAUUAGGACAAUAACAUUAUCAUCCGCAGUUAAUGUUUACAAAACUGCUUUACCUUAAACUCUGUAGAUGUUUACAUCUCUUUUUUUUUUUUUUUUUUUUCUUCUGGUUUUGGGUUUUUUUUUUUCUUUGGUUUUCAGUUGGUAAAUUCCCAGGCUGUUAGCUGUGUCCCCCGGGAACGCGGCUAAAAGCCUCCUCCUCUUCUUUGGGAUUACACUCAGGGCUCUGAAGGCAGUUUGUUUGUUUGUUUUCUUUUUUACACACACUUGAAAAGGUUGGAGUAAACCAGGUUUUUCACAGAAACUGGGGGAUUGUCAACCUGUUGUAUAUUUUUUUUUUUAUUUUUUUCUUUUUAAUUUAAUUUGACAUCUUACUAAGCACUGCCACAGGUUUUACCAGCCAGGGUGGCCUUCUCUCACCGUCAUGCUGCUUUUUUGGAAGGUGAAUUUUGACAUAUUUAGUGCCUCUUUUUUCAUUUCUCUCUUUUUCCCCCCGAGGAAAAGCGUUUGUUGGGAAUUGACAGGACGGGCUUUCUGAGCUGUCACCGGGGGGGUAAGGACCGGCCGUGCCACCCCCCCUAUCCCCCCCUGAGUAAUUAUUGUGUUGCCACAGAGGGAUUUUGGUGGCCAGUUUGGCCCCUGGGCUGGGGCGGCCGCUGGGUGGGCGGGGUGAGGAGGAGCUGGUAGGAUUUGGUGGAGAGAAUGUCCCUCCCCAUCCCGGCUGGGGACUCACACAGCACUGACCCCCUCGGUUAACCCAUGCCUUACUCCAGGGUCAUUUAAAAGGAAGGAAGAAAAUAAAGCUGCACAAUUAUGUAAAACUUAGAAAGAAGCCAGUGCUUGGUUUAUAGCGUUAUUUUACAUGGAAAUCACUUGGAGGAGAACUAAAGCUUUUAAUUAAGAGGAAAAAACUGUCCCGCUCCUGAGCACACCUGGGUGACUCUUUGCAGCUCCUUGGGCUGCCGGGUUCCGAUCUGGAAAGGCAUGAAAACCCUGAAACCGCCUUUAUUCAUAGCGAUUUGCUUCUUGUUUUUGCCCCCGGAAACUCUUCCCGAGGGAUGGGGAGAACAGGAGGGAACGGCGUGGAGUGACAGUGUCUGGAGCAGGGAAAGCCUGUCAGAAACCCCCCUCGCAGCAGAGAUCCUGGCCCCGAAUGAGCCGGGAGGGGGAAUGAUUUAUCCCCACUCCUUAACUCCACAUUUUAUGACCAUUAAAUGCGAGGAAAUACUUCCCCAAAAUCAGGAGCAGCGACGCCUGCAGCUCCCGCGGGUGUUAACGAGGGGUCUCCCUCCUCUUUGGUGACAGUUUUGCUCUUUUUGGGGCUGUCUGCACUGAUCCCUUAGUUCCGAAUUCCUUUAAACUUUACCUAUCCUUUCAGAGCGAUGAAAAACAGAGGGAGAAACCAGGGAAAAAGUAAAAGCAAACAAACAAAAGGACACUGAGGGUGUGCUGCCGGUACUCGGUUGUGUUGGGGGUGGAUUAAUUUAACCGUACGACUAUGCAUAAGAGAGAGAGAAUGGGUGAAAAUGAGUAUUUAGUGCAAUUCCUGGGAAAGCUGAUGCUGCGCCACCGGCGUCUCCCAGCUCCCGGGCCCGCGGGGAGCCGUGGCUGGAACAACCCUUUCCUGCUGUAGCUGGCUUGGAAAAAACAAAACUAAACAAACCCAACCAAUAAUCCCCAUAGUCUUGCUUUGUAAGUGGAUGAUAAUCUCACUAUGCAUUUCUACAUAUUUUAUAAAUUUGAUUUAUGCAGAUUUUGAUACACUGUACGUUUCUGUAGAAAUUGUAUAAAUCUUUAAAAAAAUUUAUUAGGGAUAAAUCCGGGAAACCUAUGUAUAUCUUACUUAUUGGGUUGCUUGUUUUUUAGGUGAAGUAAAUAAAAUAUUUGAAUUUUUGGGUUUACUA